AUGCUUAAAGGAUUAAAAGUUUUCACAUUUUUAUGGCUGACGCAUGCGGCGAGCACUUGGCUGAAUUUCACCGGCGUUCAAGCACAACCGUCAUCAUUAACCGAGAAAAUCCCAUUAGGCGCCAUAUUCGAGCAAGGCACCGAUGAGGUGCAAUCUGCGUUUAAAUACGCAAUGCUCAAUCACAAUCUCAACGUAUCGUCACGCCGUUUCGAGCUGCAAGCAUACGUGGAUGUCAUCAAUACGGCGGAUGCAUUUAAAUUGUCACGCUUAAUAUGCAAUCAAUUUUCGCGUGGCGUUUAUUCCAUGUUGGGCGCUGUAUCACCGGAUUCAUUUGAUACAUUGCACUCGUACAGCAAUACGUUUCAAAUGCCAUUCGUGACGCCAUGGUUUCCAGAGAAAGUGCUGACGCCCUCAUCUGGCUUCCUCGACUAUGCCAUAAGUAUGCGCCCGGAUUAUCAUCAGGCGAUUAUCGACACAAUACAAUUUUAUGGAUGGCGUAAAAUAAUUUAUCUCUACGACUCACAUGAUGGACUCCUGCGAUUGCAACAGAUUUACCAAGGGCUUAAACCCGGCAACGAGUCAUUUCAAGUGGAAAUGGUAAAGCGUAUUGCAAAUGUAACAAUGGCCAUCGACUUCCUGCAUACGCUCGAGGAUUUGGGACGCUUCACCAACAAAUACAUUGUGCUGGAUUGCCCAACGGAAAUGGCCAAACAGAUACUGAUUCAACAUGUGCGCGAUAUAUCGCUCGGAAGAAGGACAUAUCACUAUUUGCUAAGCGGUUUGGUAAUGGACGAUCGUUGGGAGAGUGAAAUCAUCGAAUUUGGUGCCAUCAAUAUAACCGGAUUUCGUAUUGUUGACACUAAUCGUCGGUUCGUACGUGAUUUCUUUGACAGUUGGAAGCGCUUGGAUCCGGCAACAUCGAUUGGCGCCGGCAGGGAAUCAAUUUCGGCACAGGCAGCCCUCAUGUACGAUGCUGUUUUCGUGCUGGUCGAAGCCUUCAACAAAAUACUGCGCAAGAAACCCGACCAAUUCCGCAACAACAUCCAGCGGCGGGGUCAACAAACACUAAUGGCAGCGGCCUCCACAUCCAUUAACGGUACACUGGGCAUGACAGCUGGCGGCGGCGUUGGCGGCAUUGGCAAUGGAAUCGGGGGUAGCGUCGGUAGCGGAGGUGGAGGCGGCGGCACUGGCAUUGGUAACGGUGGUGGCAAUGGUGGUGGCGGCGGGACAAUGCCUCGAGCGCUCGACUGCAACACAUCGAAAGGUUGGGUGAACCCAUGGGAACAUGGUGAUAAAAUUUCGCGCUAUUUGAGAAAGGUGGAAAUCGAAGGUCUCACAGGCGACAUUAAAUUUAACGAUGAUGGUCGGAGGGUGAACUACACGCUGCACGUUGUCGAAAUGACUGUCAACAGCGCCAUGGUGAAAGUGGCUGAAUGGAGUGAUGAUGCUGGCCUUCAACCGCUCUCCGCCAAGUACGUGCGUCUACGGCCGCAUGCGGAAAUCGAAAAGAAUCGCACAUAUAUCGUUACCACAUUGCUCGAGGAGCCGUACAUGAUGUUGAAACGCCCCGGCAUUGGUGAGCAAUUGGAUGGCAAUGACCGCUUUGAGGGUUACUGCAAGGACUUAGCCGAUUUAUUGGCCAAGAAGUUGGGCAUCAAUUAUGAAUUACGACUGGUCAAGGAUGGCACUUACGGUUCAGAGAAUCCCACAGUGCGCGGCGGCUGGGAUGGCAUGGUCGGUGAACUGGUACGGCGGGAAGCGGAUAUUGCAAUCGCUGCCAUGACUAUUACCGCCGAACGCGAGCGUGUUAUCGAUUUCAGCAAGCCUUUUAUGUCGCUGGGCAUUUCAAUAAUGAUUAAGAAACCGGUAAAGCAAACGCCUGGUGUAUUCAGUUUCAUGGAUCCAUUAUCCCAGGAAAUUUGGAUGAGUGUCAUAUUCAGCUACAUUGGAGUAAGCAUCGUGUUGUUCUUUGUUUCCCGCUUCUCCCCGUAUGAGUGGCGCAUUGUGCAGUAUCAGACAGAUUCGCAUGCACAUCACGAUCAAAUGGCUAAUCAACAGCCACCUGGCAUCAUCGGCGGUGUACCUGUGCCCGGUCCAAUGACCGGUGCGACUAGUGCCACGGCUAGCCCGGCAAAUAUUGGCGUAGUCGGUGCUGGUGGUGUGGCCGGAAGCGUUGGCCUCGGCUCAUCCGGCAAUGUAGCGGUCAACGAGUUUAGCAUUUUGAAUUCAUUUUGGUUUGCCUUGGCCGCUUUCAUGCAACAGGGCUGCGACAUAUCACCGCGUUCCAUCUCCGGUCGCAUAGUUGGCGCCGCUUGGUGGUUUUUCACGCUCAUUCUAAUUUCAUCGUAUACAGCCAAUUUGGCAGCGUUUCUCACUGUCGAGCGGAUGGUGACACCAAUCAAUUCGCCCGAAGACUUAGCUAUGCAAACGGAAGUGCAGUAUGGUACGCUCUUACAUGGCUCCACAUGGGACUUUUUUCGGCGUUCCCAAAUCGGCUUACAUAACAAGAUGUGGGAGUAUAUGAAUUCGAAAAAGCAUGUCUUUGUAAGCACAUACGAUGAAGGUAUACGUCGGGUGCGCACAUCAAAAGGCAAAUAUGCCCUGCUGAUGGAAUCGCCUAAGAAUGAGUAUGUGAAUGCCAGAGAACCCUGCGAUACAAUGAAAGUCGGACGUAAUCUAGAUACGAAAGGCUUUGGCAUAGCAACACCGAUUGGAUCACCUUUGAGAGAUCCGAUUAAUUUGGCUGUGCUAUCGCUGAAGGAGAAUGGUGAAUUGAUCAAAUUGCGCAAUAAAUGGUGGUAUGACAAAACUGAAUGUAACCUCAACAAGGACAAUCAGGACACAUCACGCAGUGAAUUGUCAUUGAGUAAUGUGGCUGGUAUAUUUUAUAUAUUGAUUGGUGGCCUCUUGGUGGCUGUCUUUGUGGCUAUCAUUGAGUUUUGCUUUCGCAGUAAAGCGUCCGCACAAAAAGCGAAUGGCUCCAUGCUGAGUUCAGCGUCCGGCGGUGGUUCACAUCGAAGGAAUUCCCUAACAGAUGCCAUGCAUUCUAAAGCGAAAUUGACUAUUCAAGCGAGCAGAGAAUAUGAUAAUGGUCGUGUUGGGUACCUCAAUUGUGCCUCUUUGCAGUAUUAUCCAGCCGGACAAUUAAGUGCCGCAUCUGAGGCCGAAACAAUGCACAUGAAUGCGCACAGUCAGGUUUGACAUGAACAUGCGCAGGAAUCGCGCCUUUGACGUACGCCCUGCGCACCAACAAUACGCCGCAUAAUGGCCAACAGCCGGCAGGAGACGGAGAAGAUACUGAGCAAUCAUGAUCAAAACGCAACAACAAUGCCGAGCAGCCAGAAUAGUACGCUCAUGCGAAAUCCCGAUGUAAAUCAUC